AUGGAUGCAAGAAAGUGCAAUAGAUUUAAAACUUUCCGAGAAGAAUUGAUGAGUAAGAAAUUCCAGUUUAUAAAUGAAGACGAUAGUUUACAUAAAAUGAAAGUGGUCAAUGAAGAUUCUAGCAAUCAAAACAAAGCAAGCGAAGUUGGAGUUAAAAUAAUGAAAGAGGGACUUGAAAACCAAGAAGAAGAACAAGCGAUUGAACCACAGCCGACAGCAAAUACAGGAAUGUUCAGAGACAAUUUGAGACGCAUUGAUAUUAUCCUCGUUGUAGAAGAUAACCCCUCUUCAAUUAUAUCUAAUAUUGCCAAACACAAUUAUUUAACAAACAUUAUUAAAACGGGUCUAGAAGUUGAAGUGGAAUCCGGCUUGAUGCCAGCUCAUAAAAAACUGACGUUUAUAAAAAUUCACGCUUCCAAUAAAGUGCUAACCGAAUACGGAGAAACAUUUGGCGUUAAAAGAUAUUUUGUCGAUAAUCGUCUAAAUUCUAUAAGUCCGAAAGUAACAAAAUUUACAAAGAUAUUUAACUUUUUUAAGAAUGAUAAUGAAAGAGAAUGGAUUAAAAUAAUACGAAAAAAUUAUGUAACAGCUAACUACUCGUAUUUCGUAUUUCGUCUUAUAAUUUAUAAGAUACUUUUGCACCUCCCUUUUGGAGACCGCGCCAAUUAUUAUGGCAUAAAUCGCCUGUUAAAAAGACAGAUAAUAGUGGAUGCGUACGCGCUUCAUGAUGGGCCAUAUUUCCUACUACCAAAUCAAACUGCUAGAGGAUCAAAUGCUCGACAGAUAUUGUAUUAUAGUUGGACUCGAGUUGAAAAUAUAUUUAAAAGUCAACCAUUACAUUUAAUUCACGAGUAUUUUGGUCCUACGGCAGCUAAUUUGUGA